CUUGAACCUCUCUUUAACACUUGGUAUCUUCUCACUUUCCCCAUAGUAUUCACCCGCUUCAUUUCAUGAAAAUGGCUCCCAAGUGCCCUAGGCCCAUGUUAACCAUUUUGCUUCUCCUCAACAUCAUGUUCUUCACUUGUGUCUCGCCCCAUAACCUCCCGUGCCCGCCAAAAGUCCCGGUGCCCUCUCCGCCGUCGGCCCCGGAGCAGCCAGGAAAGUGCCCCAAAGACACGCUGAAAUUCGGGGUCUGCGGAAGCUGGCUUGGACUGGUCACCGAGAACAUCGGCGCCAAACCCAGCAAGGAGUGCUGCACCCUCGUGGCGGGGCUUGCAGAUCUCGAAGCUGCAUUGUGCUUGUGCACCGCAAUCAAGGCCAAUAUGCUGGGCCUCGUGAAGAUCAAAGUUCCUCUUGCUCUUAGCUUGCUUGUGAACGGAUGUGGGAAGAAGGUCCCCGAAGGAUUUGUGUGUGCUUGAAAUUAAGGAUUAGCUCUGCGUAUGCCUGUGUAGUUGCUGAUUUUCUCUUCAAAACAUUAGUGAAGUUCUAGUUCAAAUGAAAUGAAACCUCUUCAUUCAGUAGACUAAUCAAAGCAUGUUUAUGCUCUUGGUUUCUUUAACUAUCAGAAAAAAUGUCUGUCGUAAAUAGCAUAUUUGUUGGAGCCAUCCCAAGUCCCAUUCCCACACUGAAUCGAAGAGGCUUUUUAUGGAAGUGAUUAAUAAAACGAAAACAUAACUUAA